AUGAAGAGGCUCCGAGGUUUCAAGAUCGGUCAUAAAUUCGUCAAGAUCUUCAAAUGGAUAUUCCGAAACAGAAGAAUCCAAACCGGAAAACGCCAAUGCCUGACCGGACUUCUCAACCCGGUUCCAAAACUCUGUUCUUUAGCAGGGUGCCUCCGUCGUGGAGCAAACAGACUAUGCGGAGGAAAGAAAACGGGUAAGACCCGGUUAGGUAACGACCCAAAACUGCCGGUUAUUCCGAAAGGACAUUUAGUGGUUCAUGUCGGAGAAUCAGGAGACGAUACGAGGCGCGUGGUGGUUCCAGUGGUUUACUUUAACCACCCUCUGUUCGAUGAGUUGCUGGAGCAGGCGGAGCGGGUUUACGGGUUUGAUCAACCGGGUCGGAUUACGAUACCGUGUCGGGUCUCGGAUUUUGAAAAGGUUCAGAUGGCGAUCGCCGCAUGGGAUCAUUGCCGGCGAAAGCGGACUUUCAAGAUUCUCUAA